UAACUUAGACUCCGGAAGUGCUUAUCGAUUUACAGCCCUAAUAAAGUAUAAUAAAGUAUACAACACGUAAGGCCUGCAAAGCAAAUUGAGGGAAUAAAAGAGAGUCGAGUCUGUACUUGAUGACUCGCAAGUCGGCCCUUUGCUAGUGAGAAAGUGAAAUUACCUAAUUGUUUCAAAGCUCAAGUAUUAAAUAUGAGUGACAAUUUGAUCGAAAAAGUCAAUGCUCUUGGGGAGCGAUUAAAGAUUGGAGGGUCUGAGGUUGGGCAAAAGAUUAGUGCUGGCGUCACGUCUGUUAGUUAUAAGAUGAAGGAAUUUUUUCAAGGCCCGACUGAGGCCGAUAAGCUUGUUGAGGAAGCUACUGCCGAAACCUUACCCGAGCCUGAUUGGGCAAGAAAUCUUGAGCUUUGUGAUAUGAUGAAUCACGAAAGGGUCAAUACCCUUGACCUUAUUCGCGGUAUCAAGAAGAGGAUAAUGCUAAAGAUUCCUAGGGUUCAGUACUUGUCUCUUGUGUUGCUUGAGACUAUUGCCAAAAAUUGUGAUAAGGCAUUCUCUGAAAUCGCGGCGGAGAGGGUGCUUGAUGAGAUGGUGAAGUUGAUUGAUGAUCCUCAAACUGUAACGAGUAAUCGAAACAAGGCUCUGGUUCUGAUUGAAGCUUGGGGAGAGUCUUCUGAUGAGCUCCGCUAUCUGCCUGUUUAUGAAGAGACAUACAAGAGCUUGAGAUCCCGAGGCAUACGUUUCCCUGGUCGUGAUACUGAGAGCUUGGCCCCUAUAUUCACUCCUCCACCUUCAGUUCCUACUGUGGAACCAAAUUCUGGCUUAGCUCGAGGAGUGCAUCAAGAGGUUCCUGUGCGAGGAGUUCAACACGAGGUUCCUGUGCAAAGCUUUACAGCUGAACAAACUAAGGAAGCAUUUAACGUUGCCAGAAACAGCAUUGAACUACUUAGUACUGUUAUAUCCUCCUCUCCACAGCAAGAUGCUUUACAGGAUGACUUGACAACCAUACUUGCACAACAGUGUCAUCAGUCACAAUAUACUGUCCAGAGAAUCAUUGAAACAUCCGGGGAUGACGAGGCCCUGCUCUUCGAAGCCUUAAGCGUAAAUGACGAAAUUCAGAAAGUUUUAUCCAACUAUGAAGACAUGAAGACACCUUCAGAGGUCCGAACAGCACCAGAACCUGCUGUAAUACCUGUUUCUGUUGAGCCUGAUGAAUCCCUUCUCGAAGGGAGAGAAGAUUCACUUGUUAGAAAGCAAUCGGGUUCUCAAGCUGGAUUAGGAGGGAACAAUGAUGAAAUGAUGGACGAUCUGGAUGAGAUGAUAUUUGGCAAGAAACCAAGCGGGACAUCUCAAACAGGCACGGGCUAUGCUUACCAGAAAGAACAAUCUUCCAAAGAUGAUUUUAUAAAAUUUUAGAUUGCAUUGCAUUAUGAAAUUCAGAUGUUGAACAUGUUUCGGACUGAUGUCUGAUAGGUCAUCUGAGUAUUCUUACAACGAUGCUCGAAUUCUCAUAAGCAGUAUUGGAUCUAAACCUUGUGAAACCUUGUUUUAAUAUGCUCUGUAUGGGGAGUUAUAUAACCAGUAUUUGAAUACAGUGUUUGUAAGUAAUUGGCA